GUACUGAAUUUCAUACGUUAGAAACACCCUAGGUGAAAAACAAGUAUUGUUCUGAUUUCAAGUGUCUAUCCCAAGUACUAGUUGACAUAUAUUAUUAUUAUUACUACGGUGUUCUAUUCAUUCGUUUUAAGCUACAAGGACACGCUUAAUAUAUUAUAGAGGGAAUUGUCAUUUUAUCCGAAUACCAUCCCUCCUCAAAAGAAAAUAACGCCAUGUCAUAUCAUUCGAGACAACCAUCGGUGGCGUCCUCGCUUCUUUCCUCAUCCACACAUACACAUCCUCAAAGAAUAGGUCCAUGGAAAUUGGGCAAAACGUUGGGUCGUGGUGCUACAGGACGUGUCUUGUUAGCUACUCAUCAUAUCACUGGUCAAAAGGCUGCCGUUAAGGUUGUAUCAAAGCUGGAGCUUGCUGAUGAAAAUGAACCUCCUAAGAAACUGGCAGACAAUGUAGGUUUACCAUAUGGAAUCGAAAGAGAAAUUAUCAUUAUGAAAUUACUUGCCCAUCCAAACGUGUUAAGAUUAUAUGACGUUUGGGAAACUUCAAAGGCUUUAUACCUUGUGUUGGAAUACGUUGAAGGUGGUGAACUCUUUGAUUUGUUGGUUGAAAGAGGUCCUCUUCAAGAAAUUGAAGCAGUGAAAUAUUUCAGACAAAUUAUUCUUGGUACAGCUUAUUGUCAUGCAUUAGGUAUAUGUCAUAGAGAUUUAAAACCUGAAAACUUAUUAUUAGAUUCAUCCUUGAAUGUGAAACUUGCAGAUUUUGGUAUGGCUGCACUUGAAAGCAAUGGGAAACUCUUGGAGACUUCAUGUGGCUCACCACAUUAUGCAGCCCCAGAAAUUGUUAGUGGUCUCAAAUAUCAUGGAGCUGCUUCAGAUGUAUGGUCAUGUGGUGUUAUCCUUUUUGCGCUUUUAACUGGAAGAUUACCAUUUGAUGAUGAACACAUUCGUAAUUUACUUUUGAAAGUUCAAGCUGGUAAUUAUGAAAUGGCAGAAGAAAUAUCUGAUGAGGCAAGAGAUUUAAUUGAAAGGAUGCUUACUGUUGAUCCAAUGAAAAGAAUUCCAACUGAAAAGAUCUUACAACAUCCACUUCUUAACAAAUACCCAAUCCCUAAUGAAGAUUUAAUUAGUGUGAAAAGUUUGCCACAUCCAGAAACUGCCUAUAAAUCCUUGGGUUCUGUUAACAAUAUUGACAAACAAAUUUUACAAAAUUUAUCAAUUUUAUGGCACGAUAGAUCUCAAGAAGAUAUCAUCAAGUGUCUCUUAAAGGGUGGAUCUAAUCCUGAAAAGACAUUUUAUGCCUUACUUAUGAGGUACAGACACAACCAAGAAGAUCAAUCCCAAGCAGGAUCACCAAUCAAGCGUAACAAUAGUGGUAGAAAGCCUAUUCCUCGUAGUACAUCCAUUGGUACUCCAAGAAAAGGUACUAGAGGUCCGAUCAGUAGAUCUUCUUCUAGAAGACCUGUGCUGUUCCAAUACAAAAAUGGUAUUAAAACCAGUGUAUCAGGACGAUUGUCUGCUUCUUCGAGUGUUCAAAACUCACCUUACAAGUCACCACGUCGCUCUCCACAAAGAAACUCCCAAAGAUUCUCGUACAGUCAGUCUCCAAUAAGAUCUCCAAAGAGAUCUCCCAAGAAGUAUGGUAAUUAUCAUGAUGAAUCUGCUACUGGGGCAUCUAUUCCUGCAAUUCCAAGAAAUAUUUAUAAUGAGAUUGUUACUGCUCAAAAAAAUGGUUCUCUUGGCUCCAUUCCUGCAAUUUUACCUGAAUCCAGUACUUCACAAUCUAUCCCAUUGGCGAAAGGAAUUCCAAAAUCAAAAUUAGAAAGUAAUCCAAUUGUUGAUGAAGUUAGUAAUCAAGAUUUAUUGGCCUCUGCUAAUAUCUCACCAAGUAAGGCUAAUAAGAGAAACUCUAUCUUGGCUACUAGCGUAUCCAAGAAUAGAUUAUCCAAAAGAAAGUCGAUGAGAGCUUCAAUGACUACUGGUUUAAAGAGAAACUCGAUAACUAUGAAAUUGUUGUCCACUUAUGCCAAGUUAGCUGGUGAAACUGAUUGGGAAUAUAUGGAUAAACAAACAAAGAGAACUUCUGCCACUUUCGCAACUUUAUGUGAUAAGAUUUUUAACCAAGAACAAUAUGAUGAAGAAGAUGAAAAAUUGAUUGAUGAGGAAGAAAAGCAAGCAAAGGAAUAUGAAAGGAUCAUGGAGAUUGAAAGAAAGAAACACGAAGCUGAGAUCAAGGCAAGAAAGGAGUUGGCCAAGCAAAGGAAAAGACAAAAGCGUAAGUCUCUUUUAUCAUCUAAAAAGCUUUCUAUUUUUAUAAAGGAUGAGGCCAAUGGAGAUGCUAAGGAUAUUACUGUUGAAGCUGAGCCUAUUUCACAACCAAAGAGAGGCUCUAAUUUGCGUUCUAUAUCUGAAGGUGCUGCACAAACUAACUCUGACGAAUUAACGCCAGAAGAUGUUGAGAACUUUAAGAAACGUUCAGUUACCCAACCAGUUCCAAGAAGACGUGCAACUCCUAAUUUAUCUAGAAGACCAGUCUCACGUCUUGAUCCAUUAUGGACAGCCUACGAGAAUGAAGAACUUGACAGGGCUAAAGAUGCUCUUGAAGCAGAAUACCAUGAUAGAGAUGUAAGCGACAACAAAUCAAGAAAAUCUAUCAUUCAUAACAACAGACAAUCAAUGAUUUCUGUUGGGGAUGAUAUUGAUGAGAAAAGAUAUACUAAGGACGAAUACCUCGUCAAGGAAGCUAGUUAUGAAUUACCAGAACCUCAAGUUGAACAUAGUGAUUUAAGUGCUGAAUAUAUGAGUGAGAUUCGUAAGUCUAAGUUACUUAACUCUCAACUCAAUAUUAAUGGGCACUUAGAUGGUAAUAAGGGUAGACGGUUAUCCAAGCAAGAGCUGAUCAAGCCACGUGAACAACCUACUCUUAUUGGCAAUGUUAAGAUUCCCAAUGUGACAAGAAAAUCCAGAUGCUUCACAAAUUCCAACAAGAGAUUAUCAGUUUUAACUAUGUAUUCUACUAAGGAGUCAUACCAAGACUUGAAUUCUAUCUUGAAGGAUGAGAAGUCUAUUGGUCUUAGAACCAGUUUUGCUGAUCGUUUGGAUAGAGCUGGAUUGCCUGAAGAAGACCUUGAGGAAUUACCAAUUGGGGAAGAUCAAGUUAUGGAUUUUGACGACAUUGCAACCAGACGUGCGUCUUACUAUGCCAAUAGUAGAAGAUAUUCUAAACUCAAUGGGAAAGUUGAAAACUUGAAUAAUGGUGGUAGAAGAGCUUCAGAAAGACCAGUUUCGGAGUUACCUAGAUUGCCAACUAAGGAUUAUAACAUGAACACUCAAAAUGCAGCUGAUGAUACAUUUGCAACCAAGCAUGAUGAAAUUCAUGAAAGAGAUUAUUCUGAAGAUGGCACUGGGGAAGAUGUCUUUGAGAAUAUCAAACUUCCUGAACAUAGUAACUCUGUCAGAAAGACAGAACCACGUCAACCUGAAUCUCAAAAUAACACCAGAAAUAAGCAUCAACAACCCCACAAUGCUCCAUCCAUGCUUCUACCAGAUAGUGACAAUCUUCCUACUACAAGAUCAGAACCAUAUCCAAAGGUUCGCAAACCUAAGGGACACCAUGAAACUAUUCCUCCUAUGGCUCCACAUUACAAGAAGCCACUUGAAGAUACUACAAAUAAGCCAUCUAUUGCUACGCAAGAUAGUACUAAGAAAAAGGGAUCUAUUUUCCGGAAACUUUCUUGGGGAACAAAGAAAACAUUUGAAGAUGGUAAUCCUACACAAUUACCAUCUCCAGCUGAUUCUCGUCAACCAUCUGCAGAAACUAGAAAGACAAGUAAUCCAUUCUUCAGAUGGCUUUCAGGUAACCAUGAGGAAGCUUCAUUGGAAUCUGAAAUACGGAAAUUUAAAACAAUCUUGCCAAAGCAAGAAAUGUCCACUGCUUUAUUUGCACUUUUAAAUUCUUGGACCAAUUUCGGUUUGAAAAACCUUAAAAAUGAUGCCGUUGGAUAUAAUAUAACCGGUGGAAUUUCUUCACAUAAUGCUUUCAAUUUGAAGAGUUGUAAAUUUAGAAUCAAGAUUAGCUCAACCGAUUUCAACCAAAAAUCACAAAUUGUUUGUGCUCGUGUUAAAGGUUCGAAGGUUACAACCGAUACCCUCUUCAAAGAAAUUGAAAAGGUAUUGCGUAAGGAAGGAGUAAUGGACGAAUAAUUGAAUAAUGAUGGUAGUGUUUUAUAGAUACUUUUAAUAUAUUAUCUUCUUAAA